UUUCCACACCACGUUCCUGCUUGAAUGGGCUCCGUACUAUUCCAUCCAAACGGUCUCCCUUGUUCUAGGUCGACGGCUUUAUCCAACUCAACACUCAUGUUUUCUUGGUGGUACCUAUACCAGAUUGAAGAUCUUCGCAAAAUCCUUCAGUACUUGACCUGGUUGGAACGACUGGGAGGAGAUCCGCUACCCGACCUUUCGGCUCGACGAGUUCAUGUGGAAACUUGGCACCCACAUAUCUCCAAGCUGACCACCCGGUUUUAUCCGGAUGAGAUCUUGGAGAUUCACCACUGGGGUGGCUUCCCGGACUCUAUCAUACUGCCAAACCGAGCUAGAGAAGUGGGUAGCACCGCUCUCGCCAUCUAUAUGGCCCGUUUGGCCACACCGUCCCGAUACUUCGACCUUUCCCAAAUCUUUGGGCGCGACCUUUCCACAAUUGGCCGUAUCUGCCGUUGGGUGCAAGGUUGGAUCUAUGAGCACUGGGGCCCUCUGUUGCGAUGGGAUCCAAGACGUUAUCCGCCAGCUGUUUUGGAAGGUUUUGCGGCGAGUUUGGUGGAGGCUAAGGAUUGUCCUAUGGACAAUUGCGUGGGUUUUUUGGACGGUCAAUUAUUUUUCUCAACAUCAAGUUAGAUUCAUAGAUGGCUGAAGUUCUACUUCCAGGAACGGUUUGGCGGAUUGCACGCCCUAAGUACAAUCAGCGGGCGUUCUAUAACGGCCACAAGCGGGUUCACAGCCUGAAAUAUCAGGCUGUAGUGACACCCGAGUGAGUGAUCUUCUUUACGGUCCCUUUGGUGAUGUCAGAUAUCAAUCGGUUCUGCUGUUUGUUCAACAGUGGUAUGACUGCCGAUUUGACGGAGGCGUUUAUUGGUUCGCGCCACGACACCGCGAUCUUAAGGAUGUCGGGUCUGACGGAGGUUCUCGAACGUGAUGCUAAAGGUUUUGGGGGUCGCCAAAUGAUGCUUUAUGGCGAUCAAGGCUAUCAGAACUCUGCCGUCAUGCUAACUCCAUGUGGUGGCAACAAUCUUGCUCCCCAUCAAACUUGGUUCAAUCAAGUGAUGGCGAGCGUGUG